CAACGUCAUCAAACGGCUCGCAAUGUAUUGGACCGUUCAUUUGUUCGGUGGUCCGCGACGCGUCAAUCAUGCCGCAGUUACCAUCGGCACUAAUAUCUUCACGUUCGGCGGUUACUGCAGCGGCGUGGACUACAACACCUUCAGACCGAUUGACAUACACGUACUGGACACGGUGAAAUUAAAAUGGUUGAAACUAGAACUUAAUAAUGACAAGGAUUCUAAAAGUGUUCCAUUUCAAAGGUAUGGCCAUACUGCUGUUGCACAAGACUCAAAAAUAUACUUAUGGGGUGGACGCAACGAUUCUGAAGUUUGCAACACUCUAUACUGUUUUGAUAGUGAAACUUUAAAAUGGUCUACACCAAAUGUAUAUGGAAAAAUACCAAUACCCAGGGAUGGUCAUUCCGCAUGUAUAAUUCAAAAUUGUAUGUACAUAUUUGGCGGUUUUCAAGAACAUCCACAUCAGUUUUCUCAACAUUUAUAUAUGUUAAACCUUCACACUAUGGUUUGGAGUAUAAUCAAAACCCAAGGAAAUUUUCCAUCUUAUAGAGAUUUCCAUACUGCAACUGCUAUUGGCAACAGAAUGUAUAUUUUUGGUGGUCGAGGUGAUCAACUUGCACCAAUGCAAACUGAUAGAGAAAUAUACUGUCAGAAUAUUCAUUAUUUAGACACGACUACUAGAGUGUGGGUAACUCCAGUUGUAUAUAGUGAGAAACCCUUAGGUCGACGCAGUCAUUCUGCAUUUGUACACAACGGCUUCUUAUACAUAUUUGGUGGCUUUAACAGAAACUUGGAUAUACAUUUCCAAGAUAUUAAUCGAUACGACCCAGAUAGUUCCACAUGGUCAACAAUAGUACCUAAAGGUACAUCACCAUGUGCUAGGAGAAGACAAAUUUGUCAAGUGGUUAAUGACAGAGUAUUUAUAUCUGGUGGUACUAGUCCAGUUUUUCCCAAACCUUUACUACCUUUGAGGCUACAAGAUUAUGAUCUUAGAGAACAAACUUUAAAUCAACUUAUAGACCAUGACGAUCUUCAUGUUUUAGAUAUGAAUCCUAGUUUAAAAGAUAUAUGUUUGGUAAAUGCAUGGAAAUAUAUGAAAGAAAAGAAGAUAAAAAUAGUAGAUCUAUGUUUUCCUUUAUCAUUAAAGAAGGAUCUAGCUAUCUUUGAACCAUUUGAAUCAAGUAAAACUGAAACUAACAUAACAGACGAUUAUGAAGAAAAUUUCCCUCUUCUUUCAGUUAUUGAUCCAUUUCUUUAGUUCAUAUUUUGAACUAAAUAACAAAGAAAAAAAUGUACAUUUUUAUUUUUAGA